AUGGAAAACGCCGCAAAUCAAUCGCAGGGAAAACAGCGUUCAAAUACGGAAAAAGGUUCAAAUGCACAAGCUGGAAAGCCGAAUCAGGUCAGCACAGUUUUGCUCUAUGGAAUUCCAAUCGUUUGUCUCUUUAUCGAAAACCAAGAACGUCUUUGUCUCGCGCAAAUUUCCAAUACACUCCUCAAGCAAUUCAGCUACAACGAAAUCCACAAUCGUCGAGUUGCUUUGGGAAUAACUUGCGUUCAAUGCACUCCCGUACAGUUAGAGAUCCUCCGAAGAGCCGGCGCGAUGCCUGUCUCUUCACGUCGUUGCGGCAUGAUUACUCGUCGUGAAGCAGAACGUCUUUGCAAGUCCUUCUUAGGCGAUAAUGCGCCGCCACGAUUGCCUGAUGACUUUGCUUUCAGCGUUUUUCACGAAUGUGCUUGGGGAUGUCGUGGUAGUUUCCUACCUUCGCGUUAUAACUCGUCACGAGCAAAAUGUAUCAAAUGCACUUAUUGCGGCUUGUUUUUCUCCCCGAACAAAUUCAUCUUUCACUCGCAUCGCUUGGGUCCGAAUGACAAAUACGUUCAACCGGAUGCCGCGAACUUUAACAGUUGGCGUCGUCACAUGAAGCUUCUCGGGACGCCGCCUGAUGAAAUUUCCUAUGCGUGGGAAGAUGUUAAAGCAAUGUUUAAUGGCGGCACUCGAAAACGUAUGAUAUCUUCGCCUCCGCGUUCGAGUAGUGUAGCAACUCCUACGCCAAGUAAACGAGCGAAAACUGAAAGUGAUUCAUCGAGCCAUCAUCAAUCGAGUUCGCCGCCAUCGUUACAUGGAGCUACUACAGCAACAACUCCCACGUCAGCAGUUCCUUUUCCGGUUCGACCCAUCAUUCAUCCAGUUGCGGCACAUUCAAAUAAUGCUCCAGCUACUACGAGAUUUCCCAAUGACCUCGCUUCGUUACCAUUUCCCCGUUGGAUGGACUACAUGUGGCAUGCUCAAUCCAAGCCCAUUCAUUUUCCGCCAUACGCUUUGCCUCGUCUGAAAUGGCCCUUGUUUAAUGCAUCGACAACGACAAAUACCGCCGGCGGCAAUGAAAGCAAUAAUUCCUCAGCAAAUACUUCGCCGACGGCAGCAACUACAGCUCCCGAUUCAGUCAAGUCGCUACAAUUUUAUAAUCACUCUGCUUUUAAGCCAGUCAUUAAUUCAGCCAUAAAAUUGAGUGCAUUAGAAGCGGGAGGCACAGGAACUACCUACAUUAGCGACGACGAGGUAGAGAUUCGAAAAAGUGUCGAACUAGAUGAAAAUGAACAAGAGUAUAAGCGAAGUACAGUGAUAAAAGAAUCCUUAUCGAGCGACGAUGAAAUGGUCGAUAUUGAAACGACAGAAGAUGACAUAGAGGAUACACGAAAAGAAUUGCAAAGGAAUUGUCAUGAAAGUAUCGAAAUAGGAAAACGCAGUGUGAGUCCAGCGAGAUUGUCGCCGGCAAUGCAUUCACCGACCAAAAUUAGGGCGGAUUACAAAAGAGAGGUCAAAAGCUUGCAGUAA